CCCCCCCCCCCCCCCCCCCCCCCCCCCCCAUGUACAGCGCACCAGCCCUCCUCUUCGCCCUCACCCUCCUCCUCACCGCCUAUGCCGCCCCCUCCUCCGCCCAACGCCAGCCCCCCAUACCCUCCUCGCCGGCGCACCCCCGCGCCAACUUCCGCGCAGACGCCAUGGCCGCAGCCCAUCGCGCAGGCAGGGCACGGCACGAGCCGCGGAACCAGCAGACCGGUGUCGCACUCCUCGACUCGGGCGCGGCAUACUUUGCAGAGAUCGAGAUCGGGACGCCCCCGCAGACACUCAAGGUCAUGGUCGACACUGGCUCGUCCUUUCUCUGGGUGCUCGACGGGUGUCUCGACCCAGAAGAAUGCGGCAAGAGCCCAAAAUUCAACUCCAGCGCGUCACAUACCCUCACGCAGACACAUUUGCCGUUUCAUAUCCCAUAUAUGGACGGGCAUACGUCCGGGCAUGUGGCGUACGAUGUUGUCACUCUCGCGGGACAGACUGCCGAGAGGGUCAAGUUUGGACUAUCAGACAACCUCACCGAGUGGCAGUUGGGUGCCGCCGGCCUCCUCGGUAUGGGACCUGGGAACGACUCCUGGUGGCGCAGAGUGGCCGAUCAGUGGGCAGAACCCUACUUCUCCCUCUUUCUCGACCCAUUCUCCAUGUCCGCAAACAGCUAUAAUCCGGAGAAUGGCGGCGCGCGACUUAUCCUUGGAGGUACCGAUCCCACCCUGUACAGCGGCAACUUGUCAUGGGUGCCAGCUAGACUACAUGAGUGGUGGGGGCUUCCCAUUGAUUCAGCCACCAUCCAAGGACACCCAGUACGGCUCGGCAUCGACCCGGCAUGGUGCAUGGACAACAAGCCAUUGGCCAUGAUCGACAGCGGGAGUACGGUGAUGAGUAUCCCCCACGACGCGGCAGAAACGAUAUACCCGGCGCUCGGAAUGCGGACAGUCGGCGGCGUCGACCUGAUCCCGUCUGAUAACGCCACGGGGCCAGAUACCACCGUCAUCUACACCAUCGGCGGAGUAGAGUACCCCGUUGACGGAGUAUGGGGGUGCGAGACGGCUGCGAACAUUGCCAAGUCGUUCCAUCUCGCCGAGUCCGACCUAUCGGGCUACCACUACUGGUGUGUGCCAAACAUGGUCGUGAACACGCAACAAUACUGGGUGCUUGGCGCGCCAUUCCUGCAGACCGUGUACUCGGUGUUCCAGGCGGACCCGCCGCAGAUCGGGUUCGCGAGCUUGUCCGAGGUCGCGGUGCAGACGGGCACGAGCCAGGGGGUCGGGCCGACGGGUGCCCCGGGGGCGGACAGUGGUGCGCGCAGGAGAGAGGUGGGUUUCGCGGCCGUCUUGGCAUCACUGGCGGUGCUCGCGAUCAUGUAGGCAUUUAGGGGCUGUAGACUUUAGAUUGUACAGUAGUAGCCUAUGCCAUAGGGUAAUUGAUCGGUGGGGAGACA